AAAGGGGAGCCGGAAGUAGCCCGACACUUCCGGUACGGGAAACUCCUUGCUGCCGCUCGGGCUGGCUUGACAGGCGCGGUCUCUGCAAGUAGCUCUGUCUCCUUUCGUCUUCCUCGCGUCCAGCUUUCCAGCUCUUUCGCCGCCGCCGUCCCGCAACUCCUGUCUCCGCAGGCGCCCCUUCCCCCAUGUUCCGGGGCAGGAGUCCUGAAAGCGAAGACCCGCUCGCCGGUACCCCAUCAUGUCCGAACUGACUAAAGAGCUGAUGGAGCUGGUGUGGGGCACCAAAAGCAGCCCCGGUCUCUCUGACACCAUCUUCUGCCGCUGGACGCAAGGGUUUGUGUUUAGUGAAUCAGAGGGAUCUGCAUUAGAACAGUUUGAAGGUGGCCCCUGUGCUGUUAUUGCACCUGUUCAGGCAUUUCUUUUGAAGAAGCUCCUGUUCUCUUCAGAGAAGUCUUCUUGGAGGGAUUGCCCAGAGGAAGAGCGGAAGGAACUCCUUUGUCAUACCUUAUGUGAUAUUUUAGAGAGUGCUUGUUGUGACAACUCUGGAUCAUACUGCCUCGUUUCCUGGUUAAGAGGAAAGACAGCCGAGGAAACGGCUAGUAUUUCUGGGAGUCGUGCAGAGUCUAGCUGCCAAGUGGAACAUUCUUCUGCCUUGGCUGUCGAAGAGCUUGGCUUUGAGCGAUUUCAUGCAUUAAUUCAAAAGAGAUCAUUCAGAAGUUUAUCAGAAUUAAAAGAUGCUGUCUUGGACCAGUAUUCAAUGUGGGGAAACAAAUUUGGAGUGUUGCUUUUUCUGUAUUCUGUGUUACUGACAAAGGGCAUUGAAAACAUAAAAAACGAAAUUGAAGAUUCAAAUGAACCUUUGAUAGAUCCUGUAUAUGGACAUGGCAGCCAAAGUUUAAUUAACCUCCUACUGACGGGACAUGCUGUUUCUAACGUGUGGGAUGGUGAUAGAGAAUGCUCAGGAAUGAAACUUCUUGGUAUACAUGAACAAGCAGCUGUAGGAUUCUUAACAUUAAUGGAAGCUUUAAGAUACUGUAAGGUUGGUUCUUACUUGAAAUCUCCAAAAUUCCCUAUUUGGAUUGUUGGCAGUGAAACUCACCUCACCGUAUUUUUUGCCAAGGAUAUGGCUUUAGUUGCUCCUGAGGCUCCUUCAGAACAAGCGCGGAGAGUUUUUCAAACCUAUGAUCCAGAAGAUAAUGGAUUCAUACCUGAUUCACUUCUAGAAGAUGUGAUGAAAGCAUUGGACCUUGUUUCCGAUCCUGAAUAUAUCAAUCUCAUGAAGAAUAAACUAGAUCCGGAAGGAUUAGGAAUCAUCUUAUUGGGUCCAUUCCUUCAAGAAUUUUUUCCCGAUCAGGGCUCCAGUGGUCCAGAGUCUUUUACUGUCUAUCACUACAAUGGAUUGAAGCAGUCAAAUUAUAAUGAGAAGGUAAUGUAUGUUGAAGGGACCGCAGUUGUUAUGGGUUUUGAAGAUCCUAUGCUACAAACAGAUGACACUCCCAUUAAACGCUGUCUCCAAACCAAAUGGCCAUACAUUGAAUUACUGUGGACCACAGAUCGCUCUCCUUCACUAAACUAAUUUGCCUAUUUAUAAGGAAGAUUGUAAUAGCAGAUGUUGAAAGAGGGAUGCAAGACUGGCAGUUGGCUACAUGAAGCUAUACACUGGUAUCAUUGAUUAACUGUAAAUAACAAUUAAAAACACAUUUUCAGUGUUUAAGAUAUGUUUAAAUUAUUUGUUUUAAAGCUUUAUGUUAAAGGUUACCCUAUUUUAAGUCUUUGUGUGAAAUUUACUAGCAAAACUAAGCUUUAAUCAGAGUUCAUCACUUUUACAGUCAGAUAAUUGGUCAUUUAUUGAAUUAUAAACAUCCUAAUACUAUACAGCAUUUAUAUAUUGAGUAUCAAAGUUACUAUUUAUAAACUACUUUGGGUUUUUAUUUCAUUCAGACAUAUUUUAUGGUUUCAAUGAUUCUGGCUUGCAGUCUAUCAGCCUCCACAUUGAAAUGCACAAGAGUUAAAUCUUUGUUGUUUCUUCUCUAAAAUCUGGUUUCCAUUAGGAAUACUGAUAAAUUAUCAACCUGGAUUCUUUGCCAAUUGGCUUAGCUCUGGCAUGUUUAUAAAAAGUAGAAACUAUAAGGGAACAUUACCAUUUAUUCACUGAUAUAUAGAGGCUGUAUUUCAAAAAAAAUGAUAGGUAAGAGAAUCUGUUUGAUAGUCUUAACACUGUUAACUCACUGUAUUGCCAAAUACACUUUUCCAAAUUUGUCCCAGCAGCCCUGUAAGCCAGCUUUCUUGUAUAUUUAUGUGAUAAAUGCAUGAGAACAUCUGUUAUUACAUUAGUAUAUUGCAUUAUUUAUUACAAUCCUAGUGGAUGGCUAAAUAAACACUUUUUUUUCUUUAA